UCGGAAAAUUCUGUAGAAAAAGAGUUUUGACCCUAACCACCCAUACACCGACCCUGCAAACGCAGUUGAUAUGCACUAUUGCAUAGACAGGAUUGUAUUGUCUGACACCCAAUGGUUGAUGUAUUUUUCGUUGUUAAUCAUUCAUUCAUUCUUAUUCAUUAUAAUAAUAUUAUGCGGUUACCAAGGCCUUUGUACUUCACGAUCGUUAUGCCACGUCGACAGAUCAGAGAUUACGGAAGUCAACAGUAAACCGAAAGUAGCUUUUGGCGAUAUUAUUGGUGACAGAAUUUGUUUCUUGAAAACAUUUAACUAGUUUUGGUUUCAAAUUAAUGAACUACUUCACUUGUCUAGAUACUUUUUCAGUAAGUGUUGUAGCCAUAGCUGCAGGCCUAUGCCUAGAAACAUUGGUCCUUGAGGAGUGUACUUCCACCACAGCAGAACAUCUUCAUGUUUUAAAACAACUCACUAGAAAUAUAAUGUAGUCCCUGUACAGUUGGUAUAACGUCACCAAAGCUAUACAGCUAAUUAAAACAGUUUUCAAAAUUAUUGCAAUAUGGCUUCCACAGGCAGUGCAUGUACAGAUCCCGAUGCAACAAGUAAUGGACAACAACACAGAAUAUCAGCGGGUAAUACCGGCAAUUCAAACUUACCUGCUUCUAAUGAGAAUUGCCAACAGCCGUCGCUAAAUACAUGGCUCGAUCAGAACGGCCAAAUUAUAAAAGUAUGCAUACCAGACUCUCUAAAUACUAGUGUGUCAGCUCAGUGGAUGAAUGGUGUUACUUUACAACUACAGCAACUAAUUUCAGCAGUUGCAAAGUUGAGUUCAACAGUUACAUGGUCAAGAUCAACAGUUGAAGAGUUGAGUACAACAGUUAAGGAGUCAAAAUCAACAGUUAAAGAGUUGCAUUCGAAAGUUACAGAGUCAAGACAAGUAGUUAAAGAGUUGAAUUCAAAAGUGAAACAGUUGAAUCCAAAAGUUACAGCGUUAUUUUCAACAGUUAAAAAGUCAACUUCAACCAUCAAAAACUUUAGUUCAACAGUCACAGAGUUAAGUUCAACAGUUAAAAAGUCAACUUCAACCAUUAAAGACUUUAGUUCAACAGUUACAGAGUUACGUUCAACAGUUAAGGAGUCAAAUUCAACAGUCAAAGAUUUGAGUUCAAAAGUCCAAAAUGUCUAUAACGAAAUUGGAAGUUUAAAAGCUAGCGUGGAAGAUGUGCAAAACAGAUCUAAAGAAUCAGAUGCUUUUCAGUGCACAUCAAGGAAAGACAAGUUCUCAUUUCAUAGUAUGUUUCAAACAAGUACUCCAGAAGACAACUCGGAGCAUAAACCAGUGCCUUCUCAUGAAAAGACUUUUAACAGCGAGUGUGCAUACAGAUUUGGAGCGAUGCAAUUACUUGCUGAAAAUGCCAGUAACCAGUCAUCCCCGAAGAUUUUGACACCAUCACUGACUGCAAAUCGCCAGAACUGUGAGCAAGUCGGGAACUCCACGUUAAAUGUGGCUGAGUUAUCAAAGUCGUUGGUGCAAUUGUCCAAGGUGCUGGCAGUUCAGUCAUCAAAGACAGUGGUUGAGUCAACCAAGCGGGUUGUUGAGAUAUCAAGGACAAUGGUUGGGUCAACCAGGCCAGUGGUUGAGAUAUCAAAGACAGUGUUUGGGUCAACCAAGCCAGUGGUUGAGAUAUCCAAGACAGUGGUUGAGUCAACCAGGCCAGUGGUUGAGAUAUCCAAGAUAAUGGUCGAGUCAAGCAAGCCGAUGGUUGAGGUGUCAAAACCUUCAGUUGAAGUGUCAAAACCAGCAAUAGAGGAAGAGACGGAGAAAUCAUCCACUCAGCAUUCUCAGGUACAAAUUGUGAUAACAGAGCCUGCAUCUAUGCCAAAGGAAGUAGAGAUAGAAAUAACGGAUGCUAAAAUGCGUAAGGAUUCCGAAGUGAGCCGAGAAAAUGCCGAAAACAGUGUGAAAACAAAUGAAACCAAUACGGAAAAAACUGAAAGUGUGACGCAGAAAUACAAAUAUAAAGAAGCACUUUGUGGACCAUCUCAAAGGGGACGGGGAGGAAUGGGAAAGGACGGCUGGAACACUGUCAGCAGCAAGGCUGGCAUGAGAAACAUUAAACGUAACAUUGACUUGUCCAAGCUUAGAAUUAACAAAAGUUCUGAUGACAACAUUCAGCUUGGUCCCGGUGGUGGAUCAAGGUUUGGUGGGUGGGGUCGUGGUAGCAGUGGUGGUGGUAGCAGGGCAUCACAGGAAGGAGAGAGACCCAAUACUCCAGGCAACAGAUAUGUGGUUUUGAGUAAAGAGAUUGACCAUCGAUCACGUGCGUUUGGUCGUGGUUCGAGUCCUCACAGAGGUCAAGGUCGUACACCAGGAUCCUUCCAGAAAGGACAACUUGGCGGACAUGGGUCUCAGGAACUGGAGAGAGAGAGAACAAUUGCCAGUGCCAGAACAAUUGUGAGUGGGAGAACAACCCCUCCAUCUGCACCAGCGAGCCGAGAAGGCAGUCGAACACGAGAACCCAGACAGAAAGAAACCGAGAAACAGGCAGAAGCGGUUAAAGAAUGGACUGUGGAUGAAAUGGAACUCAAAACGAGGGCAAUUAUCGAUGAAUUUUUGCAUAUACAAGACAAAAAGGAAGCGGUUUUGUGUGUGACAGAGUUGCGAUGUCCAAGCAUGAUACAUAUAUUUGUACAGACUGCAAUAAACCAUGUGCUUGAACGUUCAAAACCAGCUAGACGCCAGACCGGGGCUUUCCUCCAUGAUCUCAUCAGACAAAAUGUGAUAAGUGUCGAUACUUACUUAAAAGGUUUAACUGAACUUCUGCAGUUUGCUGAAGAUAUGGAAAUUGAUAUUCCCAAGAUAUGGAAAUAUUUAGGAGAGCUUAUUGGGCCAAUGGUGCAGGAUGGAAGUGUUCCUUUGAGCUUCUUGCAGCAAGCUUGCAAACCUCUGAUAGAGAACAAUAAAGCUGGCAUCUUGAUCGCUGAAAUCUUGCAUGACGCCAGUCAAGAACUGGGUCACAAAAUUGUAGGAGAUUUGUGGCGGUCAUCUGGUCUUCAGUGGUCAGAUUUUGUUCCACAUCAGGAAGUUGAGCAGUUCUUGAAAGAUAAGAACUUGGAGUUUACAGUAGGUCCAUCUUCCCAGCCUAGCACGCCUGCAAGCAAAGUUUCAUUUGACAAGAUCUGUGAUGACUUGAAAGAACAGCUCACGCAACCUCACUGUGAAUAUGAAAAUGUAUUUGACUGGAUUGAGGCGAAUGUGUCUGAGGAAACCACUAAAGAUCCUCGAUUCAUCCGAGCCUUGAUGACGGCUGUAUGUUCCAAUGCUAUAUCUGGUUCUGAUAACAUGGCCAAGGUUGACCCUGAAAGCAUUAGUUCACGACGAGCCUUGUUACAGAAAUACCUGAAACACAAAGCUCUGUUUGAGCUGCAAGCUCUGUACGCUCUCCAGUCACUCGUCUGCAAGUUGGAGCAUCCACCUGGAGUCCUGCGGACAUUCUUCGACACAUUGUACGAUGAAGAAAUUAUAUCAGAAGAUGCAUUUAACCAGUGGGAAAACAGUAAUGAUCCCGCAGAAGUGGAUGGCAAAGGUGUCGCUCUUAAACAAGUCGAGCAGUUCUUUGCCUGGCUUCGUGAAGGCGAAGAGGACGAAAACGACAGUUGAAUCGUGUAGUUGUGUAGAAAACCUCAUUAAGUAUUUAUUACUGAAGCUGCAAUACUGAAAUUAGGAUCGCUGACAAAUUGAUUGCAACCUCACGUGUGUGAAUAUAAACAAGCGUAAAUAGAGAUGAUUCUUUUCAUAACGGGAUUAACUGCAUAAAUGUGUACAUGCUUAUUUUUUAUGUUGCCGUUGUGAUAUGAUGUACGAUGAUGCAGGCUGAGCUUUUUUUUUGACUCGGUUGCAUUUUCAGUCAUUUUGUGGCAAAACUGUUAAUUGUCACAUUUCGAGGGAAUUCCCCAAUAUCUUUUCCCCUGUAUUAGGGCCUAUGGGAGUACUUGAGUACUCGGGCAUGGACCGAGUCUAGUAAGACUCGAGUCCGUUCACAAGACUCGAGUACCCGUGCAAGGAACAGUACUCUCAUUUAGUUAUAUUGUUUGCGUCAUUUCGCCACAUGCUUGCCACUGAUUACUUUAUAGGGCUACAAAGUUGAAUAUUUGGAAUGAAUACAAUGACAUGAUUUGGCAUCCAUGUUCAGCGCUGGAAUUAGAUGCAUAAUGCUAUUUCACUUUAUUCCUUAGUCUCAUUAUUAUCUAUAGCUAGUGCAAGUGUCGAGUACUCUAGGUCGGGUCGAGUUUGACCCUCAAGUACUCGAGUCCAAUAUUUUGGACUCGUGGAGGCCCUGCCCUGUAUAUACUUAUAUUGUUUUAUUCAGACACUGCUUACAUUGGAAAAGUUCAGACUUCUGUUUGACUAGGAUUGAAAGUCAAAGAUUUUUCAUUGAUUUUAUCGAUACAUAUACAGAACUACGUACCAGUUGUUUUCCCUGUGUUGUUUAUUGCACAAGUUUAUAGGGUGCAAGAAUAUUACAGCAUGAGACCACGUAACGGUCAAGUGAUAUCAUAUAAAUCUUGCACAAUAUAAAUGAGUACAAUAAAACACUGGUAUGUGGUUCUAUAUUUAUUACAUACGACUUUUGUAUAGUAUUGUAACCAGGUGGUAUUUUAGUGAUUUUAAGCUAUUGCACUGCACUAUACACAAACACUAAUCAUGUACUGUGUAAAUGUGUAGUUUUCAUUAUAUUGUGUAUGUAACUUAGUUUAGAUUAUUUAUUAAUGUUUAGUUUUAUAUGUUGUGGAUAUGUUACGAUGGGUUGUUUAUUAAUGUUAAAUUAAUAAAUAUUUAAUUAUAUGCUUGAAGUAGCGCUUAUUGAAUUAGUAUAUCUAACUGUUUUUCUCUUAUUUAAUCAAGAGUAUUCUAUUCUUUUAUAAACAUACUUCAGAGAGUAUAUUUGCAUAACGAGUAUAUUUGUACAACUUUAGUAUCUUUUUAUGUGGAUGUAUAUAUCAUCGUGUUUUAUGUUUUAAAAUUAUUGUUAUUGUCUUACAAGGAUUUUGUGAUAGACUUCCCUCAAUAAAGAACCCUAUUGAAUUGCUCUUUUGUUGACGAUUAGUGAUAGUAACAUUAUGACUAAAGAAGCAGAUCCUAGUUUUAGCCUGUGAAAAUGGACAGUAAGUUUAGUUAAUCUACACACCUGUACAACAUUUGGAUUCGGUUAUAACCGAGAAAAGCUGAAGUUUGUGAUGUUUAAACCUGAAAAUGUCGUCCAAAAAUAGACUAGCGCCUGUCUCAAUAACCAUUACUUCUCAGAUGAACGUGCAUUUUUAGAAUUAUGAAAAAUGCAUUUUAGGUUACUACAAAAACCUGGAUGACCAGACCACUUCAGGUGUAUGAAAAUGAAUAUUCUAAAUAAUAAAAUUUAAGUACUUCAAAUUUAAAUGAUUAAAAACGGCUUUAAAAGUGAAAAACGUGUUGUAGUGUUUACAAACUAGGGUCUGUCCCUUUAACCAAAAUUUAAUUAAAUAACGCAAUAUACUUCGUCUGGAAAGUUAGCUGAAUUUUUUUGGAAUUAGCAGAACUCUGAGUGUCAUACGAGUCAAGUAAACAUGUAACUAUGCAUGUAAAAUGUUGUAUUGCACAUAUUGUGUUCAAUAAAAGAUUUAUUUAUUGCA